AUGAAAAUGUCGUGCCGAUUACGGGACCGUAAAGAAUGGGACGUGCGGGCUUCUACUUUAGCCCGAAAUACUUUUAAUCCUAUAAGAGAUAUUAUCGAAACUCUUAAAAUUAAACCGAAUCCGGAUAUACCGUACAUCGCCCUCUCAGUAGGCGAUCCAACUGCUUUUGGUAAUCUGCAACCUUCUGAGAACAUCCUAGACACUGUUUGUGAGAUGGCUAGGUUAAAUGAUUCUCGCAGCUAUGGGCCUACCAUUGGACACUGGGAGGCUAGGCAAGCGGUAGCGGAAUACAGUGCUCACCAGGGUCCUGUGACGGCAGACGACGUGAUCCUCUGCAGUGGCUGCUCACACGCCAUUGAUAUAACCCUCAGUGUCAUCGCUGGCGCUGGACAAAACGUUCUCAUCCCACGACCUGGCUACUUGAUACACAAAACUCUUGGAGAAGGAUUGGGGAUCGUUAUCAAGUACUAUGAUUUAUUGCCUGACGAGGACUGGCAAGUCGACCUAGUGAGUCUGGAGAGCCAAAUAGAUGAAAAUACAGCAGCUAUCAUCGUGAACAAUCCAUCUAACCCGUGCGGCUCAGUUUAUACCAAGAAACAUUUAAAAGAUAUUAUCGAGGUGGCAUUGAGAAAUCGCGUGCCGAUAAUUGCGGACGAAAUUUACGAACACUUCGUUUUCUCCAAACACGAAUUCACUUCAUUAUCGUCUCUUUCUAAGGAUGUCCCAGUUAUAACAUGCAGCGGAGUCACGAAAAGAUUUCUUAUUCCCGGCUGGCGAAUGGGUUGGAUAAUCAUACACGACCGUAACAAUAUUCUGGGUAAAGAAGUCCGCAAAGGCCUGUUCAGUAUGUCAACGCGGAUUUUGGGACCGAAUACAUUGCUGCAGAGAGCGCUCCCGAGAAUUCUGAAGGAAACUCCACAGAGUUUCUUUGACGACACGAUGAGGUUUAUUGAGAGUCAAGCACAUUUGGCUUACCAGGAGCUACAAAAGUCCCCGGCUUUACGUCCGAUCAUGCCUCAAGGCUCCAUGUACAUGUUGGUACAAAUCAAAAUGUCUUUAUUCCCUAAAUUCGAGAAUGAACUUCAAUUUAUUUCUCAACUCUGCAACGAACAGUCGGUUCUAUGCAUUCCUGGGAAGUGUUUUAACUACCCCAACUACAUUCGACUUGUGCUGACUGUACCUGAAGACAUCUUGAGAGAAGCAUGCCACAGAAUCACAAAGUUUUGUGAUGAACAUAUGAUGAAAGAGAAAUUAAAAACACCAGAUAAUGAUAUUGUUUCCAUUGUCAACGGGAAGUCAUCGGAUGUGUCUUCGAAGCAGCAAAUGUUGAAGAAUAUAUCUUAA